CUUCGCUCUCCUCUUGCGAUAUUAUUCACUUUGUCGAGACCACAGAGUACGCGCUGGGUUACGCUUGCAGCGCACACAUAUGUAGUUACAACUGGAGAGUAGGAGGGACUCUUCGGAUUGUGCCAGUUUCAUCUGGAACUCAUCAGUCUGAGGGCGAAGAAAAGAACGUGUGGAUAACGAGGGAUUUUGGGAUCCAACUCUACAGGUCUUUUACAGGUGAAUAUUUAAUGGCUUCGAAAUGGAGAUAGCCUUGGUGAGUUUUGAGAAAGGCGGCGCGAAAGGGAGCGGAGGCAAUGCCGGAGAAGCCCGACAGAACGCGCUGGAUCAGCCAGCCUUCGUCAAAACCGGGAAAAGUGAGGACUACGGCAAGGAGCUAAACAAGCUUGGAAGUUCACAGCCAAGUUCAUGGAAAACUAACGAUAUGAACAAUACUUUCAGUUGCAGCGAAAAUGCUAUGGACGCGCUCCUGCGCGCCGACCACAGUCCACAUCUCUUCGAUGAGGACAUGUUAUGCAUGGACAUGGAUAAUGAGAACAACGAGCGAGUGCUGAUCAACAUUGCCGGACUUAGGUAUGAAACCCAGUUGGGCACACUGAACCAGUUUCCAGACACUUUACUUGGAGACCCCGAUAAAAGAAUUAAGUAUUUUGACCCACUCAGGAACGAGUACUUUUUUGACCGCAACAGACCAAGUUUUGACGGAAUCCUUUAUUUUUAUCAGUCGGGAGGUAAAAUCCGAAGACCUGUUAAUGUGUCGAUCGAUGUGUUCGCGGACGAAAUUCGAUUUUAUCAGCUCGGAGAAGAGGCAAUGGAGCGUUUCCGAGAGGACGAAGGUUUUAUCAAAGAGGAAGAGAAGCCCUUACCACAAAACGAAUUUCAGAAACAGGUAUGGCUCAUUUUUGAGUACCCAGAAAGCUCCAGUCCUGCCCGAGGCAUUGCCAUCGUCUCUGUUAUUGUAAUCACCAUAUCUAUAAUCACUUUCUGCCUGGAAACGUUGCCCGAAUUCCGUGAUGAAAGAGAACUGCCGGUGACAAGCAGAGCGGACAAUAGUACUCAGGCUCGACCCUCUCUCACCUUCUCUGAUCCUUUCUUCAUUAUUGAAACUACCUGUGUGAUAUGGUUCACUUUUGAACUGAUAGUAAGAUUCUUCGCCUGUCCUAGCAAGUCAGUGUUUACCAAAACCAUUAUGAAUAUCAUUGACAUCAUGUCCAUCAUGCCUUACUUUAUUACGGUCGGCACGGAGCUGGUGGAACAGCAGGGACAGGAGCCCAACAACGGCCAACAGCAGGCGAUGUCACUGGCCAUCCUGAGGGUUAUCCGGCUCGUCAGGGUGUUCAGAAUAUUUAAACUGUCGCGACACUCUAAGGGCCUGCAGAUUCUGGGUCAGACGCUGAAAGCCAGCAUGCGAGAGCUAGGCCUCUUAAUCUUCUUUCUCUUCAUCGGCGUUAUCCUCUUCUCCAGCGCCGUGUACUUCGCCGAGGCCGACGAGCCAGAAUCCCAUUUCUCCAGCAUACCAGAUGCCUUCUGGUGGGCUGUGGUCACCAUGACAACUGUUGGUUACGGUGACAUGAGACCGGUAACAGUAGGGGGCAAAAUAGUCGGCUCGCUCUGCGCUAUUGCAGGAGUGUUGACUAUUGCGCUGCCAGUGCCCGUCAUCGUGUCUAACUUUAACUACUUCUAUCACAGAGAGACUGACCAGGAUCAGGCCUCACUCAAGGAUGAACCGGUCAGUGGGCCCGAGAGCCCUUGCAACGACAUGAAACGCAGUCGGAGUGGGUCAUCUCUGAAGUCCACGGGAGACGUGGAAAAUAACGACGGGGUUAACACGCCUGUGGAAAAAGCUAACAUCAAAGCAAACAGUAACAUGGACAUUAGAAGCUCUCUGUAUGCCUUUUGCAUAGACGCAAGAGAAACAGAUUUAUAAUACUUAUCGCGCAUAUGUGGCAGUAACCGCCACACUGGGUGAGAUGCUAACCUGCGAUUUUAUUUUUGUCAAUAGGCUAAAUGUCUCAGAGACCACAAGUUAAGGAGCGCUGAGUGUUUGCAUAAUCGAAUAAUCAGCACUUUGUUGCAGUACUGGAAAGUUUCAUACAAGGGUAUUUUUAAGAAAGGACAUUGGAGUCAUUUACAGAUGAACAAAUGUGUCGGACACCAGUUUAGGCACAAAUUUCAUUAGGACACAUUAUUGUACAUUAUUUUGAUUUAUAAUAACAGACUUAAAGGAUCAAGUCAAAAUCUGACUGUGGAGCUGAGGCACACGGUGGUGCAUUUGACGUGAAACGCUUGUGCGUGUCACAGACGUGUAGGCCUUAACUGAGGUACCACCAAUAAUAAUGUCGGUUCCUGUAAAUAGAUGUGUCCUAGAACACUGUCUUCAACAAAAAGCCAAAAUGGGCCAUUUAUUUUCGUAAAUGUACCGUCUUUGUCAGUCUUAUGUUUACUGCUAAUCCUGUUCCAUCAAACGCAUAAGAAAUCAUGUACACAUUUCUGUAAUCCUACCAAACUGUAAUAGGGGGUUUCAAAGAACCUUUAUGAUGCUCUUUGAUUACUUGGGUAAUGUGAGAGUCGUAGUUUAACAUCCCCAAAACUAAAUACAGCUAUGAGCGGUUAGUCUUUAUUUAUUAUUUCAAAAUAUAUCAAAAACAUCAGAGACACUUCACAUGAUGACUGUAAGGAAAACGGAGAUAUAUUGCUGCUGAAAUAUAAGGAUAACACACCUUUGCUGACCUGGAAAUUCAACUCAGGAGGUCUUGAAAGGGAGAAAGGCCAGUGACACAAAUGACAGUGUACAGGGAAGAACUUUUCCUUCAUAGGAAUGCGAAAUGCUGAACCUCUGAGAAUAUCCGAAAUCUUCAAGAUGACCUCCUCCUGUAGGACUGUUUGGCGUAGAUUAAAGAUCCCAUGUGAAAAAGGAAACAUGAAGAAUGCUUAGUAAUCAUCACAACAGCACCUUCAGAUCCAGUUCACAUCCAUUUAGAAACCUGUGCCUUCGAUCAAACCUUCUGGACAAAAAGGUUUUCAGAUACUCCCGAGGUGUGCAGAACACGUGCACCACACCAUAUACUGCUGAUGACUCCAGUUCUGCUUGUGCUCUGCUAAUUGGACUUCUGGAAUCCUGCUUUCUGUGUUGAAGUUGAGUCAGUGUGUUACCUUUCACACCAUAUCAGAGGAGACAUCUUUGCAGUGCAAUAUCAAUCAAACAUGUGAAGGUGUCAUGUGGAAGCAGAUCGUGGAUGACUGUGCUCAGUCACUAUAUUUUUGUAAUGCCAUUUUCCUAGUCUCUAUUUUUUUUAAGUGAAAUGUCCUGCCCACAAAGAAACCUAAGCAAACUUCAAGAUUAGACACAAUAUAUUCAGAAAAUAUAAUCAAGGCAAAAGCCAUAUUACAACUCUCCUAGUACAAGGGAUGAUUUAGUCUGGAAUAUAUGAGUGAUAAACUGGACUCAAACUAUUCUCUCAAUUUUCUCUAUACACUGAAUACACGUUCAGGUUACAGCAGGAGAACAAGCAGACUUCUGUAAGUCACUGACGUUUACAGUCCUCUAUCUAUAUGUGGUCAGUAGGGUUUUUUUUUAGCUGACAAUAUUUUGUAAGUUAUCUGUAUAUCAAGCCACCAUAUUUGUGUGUAUGUGUGACAAUAUGGUUAUUCAUAAAAGACUGUUGGUUGUGUUAUGACCUUAACCCCUCACCUGCGAUUGUGAAUAUGUUCUCCUUUAAGAUGCUACCCUUGUACUGUGUGCUCUGAAGUUAUCACGAACUUAUUCAUGAACAAAACCUAUCCUAAAAUUUCCCAGAGGACAUUCUACAAUUAUCCUGCAUCCUUAUAAGCUCCUAUUAGCUAGAAAUGAAGAUGAAUUCCCCAAAUCAAUAAAUCUCUAUUAGGUUAUUUUAAAAGGACAGUCCAGAUAAAGCAAACCUUUAAAGAAACAAUAAAGUCAGCCCUGCACUUGGUGACGUAUAAACUUACCCCAGACACAGCUGACCCUUUUGUGGACACACUGGCCUUCUUCAGCAUGUUACCGUUAUUACACCCGCCGAUUAAGUGUUUCUUUUUGACCCGCCAGCGCCAUUCACCUCUGUGCACCUCCUUUUGUCUUUUAAUCACUCCCACCUGAAAAUUGUGAUUGGGGUCUCGUCACUGCAUUUUUUUUUUUCCAGCUCUCAUGUAAGCUGACACCGAACAGCACGAGCGUGAGCCGUAAAUGCAGACAUUCCUGUUCGACAUCCGACCUUUACUCACCUCCUUCUCCAAGCUCUCCGAGAAGAAAGCCGAGCUGCCAUAUUGGUCAGAGGCCAACGCUGAUGAAGUUUUCUUUGUGCAACCUGUUUAAGUGUUUCACAUGUUCAAACCUCAUCCCUUUAAAUGUUGCAAGUUUAAGUGUUUCACAUGUUCAAACCUUAUCCCUUUAAAUAUUGCAAUGUGUUUACAAGGAUAUAUCUGUUACAUUUGUUGAUAUCAUGGCAGUGAAUAAGCAAAAUAAAGGAUAGUGUAUGAUUAAAAA